UGGUUUUCAUGACAUUCCUGGGAACAAAUCCAAACAGAGAAAAAGGGCAGGAAAGUACUUCACUUUCCUGAGUUUUACUUCAGCUUUGGAGACAUAUAUAAAACCUGCAGCUCUCUCAUCCGGAAACAGAGGAAAGGCUGAAUUGUGAGGGAUACAGAGGGGCAGUAUAUUACUAGCAGCUCUGAAUUAAUUGCACAAAACAGUCAUCCAGCAGAGGACAACAUAUUUUCAUAAGGUGGAAUUUUUUUUUUUUGUGGCCAUGGAUACAGAAAAAGACGACACCUUGAAUUCUGUCGCUGGAAUACUGUGAGUUUUGAAACAAACUUUUGGAAGCUCUGAAUUACUGGAGAGAAUGCAAUUUCGUUACAUAUUUAGAAGUUUAAUACAAUGCAAAUUACUGUAUUGAAAAUGUGACACACCGUUUGGCAUAUAAAAUAGACAAGUCUGGAAUAGCUGUGUUUCAUCUGAUCGAGUUGGAAAUACAAGUUAAGACGUUUUGUGUGGGAUUUAUUUUAUAACUGGAAGAAUGAUUUAUUACUUUGGAGGACAGGUAAUAUCGUUGCAGCUUUUGUUUGUUUAAUACAUAAUUUGAUUUAUUUUUUACAUUUUAUUUUAACUACUAAUAUUACAAACUGGUGUUUGCGUUUUAUUCAUAUAAUCUAAUCACACGCAGUUGAGAUUGCUUUGAACAUUAAAAAAGGAAAGAAAUUGAUAUAAUAUGCACUAAAUUUUAGCCUUGUAAAAUAAAAAAAUAAUAUAUUUAAAAAAAAGAAAAACACCUAUGUCCGUUUAUUGCUAUCUUUUCAAUAUUACUUUAAUCGGUUUGUGAAAUGAUUCGGACAUUUUUGCUUGGUGUAGCAGUCCUGCUAGCGCUGUGGGCAGUGUGUAGUUCUCAUAGGAAUUCCUCAGGCAGUCGAGGGAACCCCAGACUCAGGAAGCAGGCUCUGUUGUCAGGCAGGCUCAACAAGGAAGGCCCAACCCUGCACACGCAAUCAGACGCUUCCAGUCUAAACCCGGGAGGUUCCUCUACUGGAGGAGUUCAUGAUGUAGCGGGUACCUUUACAUCUACUUCCACUUCAGGGACCAAUAGGAGACCUGAGAGAUUGCAGCAAAAUGAGCACGCUACCCCACUAAAGAGAGGGCAGCCCAGACCAGUGCUGCAAAGUAGAAAAGUAACCCAGGUGAGGAGCCCUGGCCAGCUGGCCAUGGUGCAAGAUGAGAGCACGUCCGAAUCCCGUUCUAGAUUGGUGCGUGUGCCCUCAGGUUCCAAUUCACCCAAUCUUUUGGCGAGUUUCGCAGGCAAGAACAGAGUCAUUGUCAUCUCAGCUCCCCACGCCUCUGAAGGCUACUACCGCCUGAUGACAAGCCUCUUCAAGCCGGAUGUCUACUGCGAGCUGGCUGACAGACACAUGCAGCAGAUAGUGAUGUUCCACGAAGUUGGAGAGAUGGGCGGGAAAGUGAGGAGAAUUACCAAUGAAGGUAAGAUCAAUGAGGAGCCUCUGGACCCAGCCCUCGUCCCCAAACUGAUGAACUUUUUAAAGCUAGAAAAAGGUAAAUUUGGGAUGGUGCUUCUGCGUAAAACCUUGCAGGUGGAGGAGAGGUACCCAUACCCGGUCAGGUUAGAGGCUAUAUAUGAAGUCGUUGACAAGUCACCCAUGCGGAAAAUUGAGAAAAUGAGGCAGAAGGGCUUUGUGCAGAAAUGCAAAGCAGCCGGGGUGGAGGGGCAAGUGGUGGAAAGCAAUGAGUCAGGGGGAGAAAGGAAAGCUAGUGAGGGAGGCCCCAAACUCCCAACCAGAACAGACACCAAGGAGGAAAAGGACCCAGUGAAAAAGGAGAUUAGGAAGAAUGUGAUCAUAAGGCCAGUCCAGACCACAGCUGCCCCAACUACCACGACUAAAGGAGUCACCACAACAACUACAACCAGAACUACCACCACAACAACCACAACAACUCCUCCCACCACUACCAGGCCCACCACCACUACCACCAAAGCCACCACCACUACCACAACUUCCCCUGCAACAACUCAGAGGCCCACAAAAGCACCCACAACUCCCCACUGGACACAUGAGGUGCAUCGGCCUUCAACCGAGGGAGGCUCCUCUGAGCCCAUCUAUUACCCACCCAGCAAGUAUGACCACCGCAAGGAUAAACAACAGCAGACCACCACCACUGCUGGCAAGUCCCCCAAAACUCCUCCGCCUUCAUACCCUACUACCGUCCCAGUGUACUACACCAAGGCCUACACAGGACACAAUGGGGCCAACCGCAUAGAUAGGAAGGAGUAUGGGCAAAAAGAGUUGAGCAUCACUCCGUCUCAACACAAGCCAACCAAAGCCAAGCCCCCCAAGAAAAAGACCACCACCAUGGUCCUGACCAAUGAGUAUGAUGACAAGUACGAAGGAGGGACGCCCACUGCUGGCCGCAUGGAGGAGGGGGUGGAAGUGGAGAACAUUCCCCAGAAGAAAGGGAAGGGCCAGCAUGACAAAGCCGCCAAAGCCGAAAAGAAGAAAAAGAAGGCUGAGAAAGCAGAAAAGCUGUCCAAAAAGGAUAAUUCUGAAAAGAAGGCCAAAGACAAAAGUAACAGGAAGAACAAGAAAAAAGCACUCAAAAACCAUGAGAAAGAUGACUACCAGAAACCCUCCAAAAAACAACCAGCACCCAGAGGGACUUUAGCCAGGUUCCUGGAUUAUUUUGAAAACCGUAGGCGGCUAAUUCUGAUCACGGUGCCCCAUGAAGAAAAUGACAUGUAUGUACAGCAGCGAGAUGAGUACCUGGAACACGUGUGUGAAAUGGCCGUUAGAAAAAUCUCCAUCAUUACCAUUUUUGGGAGUCUGACCAAUAGCACCAUGAAAAUCGACCAUUACCAAUUGGAAAACGAGAAGGCCAUGAGGGGUUUGAAGGAGGAUGACCUUCUGGAUCAGGACCUCAUCACUGAGCUGAGGAAGGAGUACGGCAUGACCUACAAUGAGUUCUUCAUGGUGAUGACUGACUUCGACAUGAAGGUCAAGCAAUACUACGAAGUGCCCAUUGCAAUGAAGACAGUGUUUGGUUACAUUGAUAUUUUUCAAUCGCGUAUCAAGGAAAUGGAAAGACAGAAGAAAGAGGGGAUAUCGUGUAAGAAGGAAGACCGGCCCCGCUCCCUGGAAAACUUUUUGUCAAGGUUCCGCUGGAGACGGAGGCUGUUUCUUAUAUCUGCACCAAAUGAUGAAGAAUGGGCCUACCAGCAGCAGCUGUACGCCUUGACUAGCCAGGCCUGCAACCUGGGUCUGCGACACAUAGCUGUUCUGAAGUUGGUUGGUGUGGACCUUGAGGCUGGGGGAGUUUUGGAAUUAUUUCCUAUUAACGGUAGUGCUACUGUGGAGAGAGAAGGACUUUCACUCUCCCUGGUGAAGGACAUUAGAAAUUACUUCCAGAUAAGUCCUGAAUAUUUCUCAAUGCUCCUAGUGGGGAAGGAUGGAAAUGUUAAAUCCUGGUACCCGUCGCCAGUGGCAUCUAUGGCCAUCAUCUACGACCUUCUAGACUCCAUGCAGCUCCGGCGUCAAGAAAUGGCCAUUCAGCAGUCACUGGGCAUGAGGUGCCCUGAAGAUGAAUAUGGGGGGUAUGGUUACCACCAUGGAUACCAAGAGGGCUACCAGGAGGAUCACCACCACAGUUACCGUUGAUACUAUUACUAAGUGGAACAAAUGAAACUCUUGACUUUUUUUUAAUUAAAUUCUACAGGGUUGAAUAUUUACUUACUUGCAAAGUUUCAUUCCAAUAGUACCAGAACUUUUUUCUACUUAUUUGUAAUGCUUGUUUGAAUUAAAGCACCAAUGUGAGUAAGAGUGGAUAAAGUGAUCAGGCAGCUGUGAAAGGGUUAUUUCUAAGCCAUGGACAUUGUAUUGUAGACAAAUAAAAAAGAAAGACACUUUUAAUUUUUUUUUUAUGUUACAUUUGUAUUUAUUGGAUAUUGACUCCUUAUUUCAUAUAUUAAAAGCAGGUAUGGAUCACAGCUGUAUCACUCUUCAGAUACUGUACCGCUGAUACAACAUGAAAAAGGAAAGUCAAUAUUUGAAAACAUGGAAUGUGUCUUUUUUUAUGCAUGGAUGUGUUCUAAUACAAACUUAUAAGCUAUCAAAAGCACAUGCAAGACAGAGUAAAAACUGUUUAUAAUCAGCCAUUUAAAAAAUGUAAUUUUUGCUGACAAAUGUGGGGUAAAUUUCAUAUUAGGAGGGCAUUGCAACAGUAACACCUGCUUUACUGUAGAUAACAAAGUCUAGCGCAAGGUACCAUCUGCAACAUUCUUGGGUCUAGUCAGCCCAGAAUACAGGAGAGUAGCGCAAUGCAGGUCAUGAGUAUAGGAGGGUCUAAGGCAGAGGUUUAUACACCAAUUAGCAUGCGUUAUUCUGGACAUAAGAAGGAUAUUUAGUUAUUGCUUUCUUUUUAAAACUGAUCAUUUAACCGUGCACAUGUAAACAGAUUUGGUAAGCUAUUAAAAAAAAAAAAAAACACAAAAAGUAGUCCUGUUUCUCCUUUAGGUUUUUUAUAAUUAUGUAUUUAUUUAUAUAUUACAACAUUGUGCCAAGACAAACAUUACAGUAGUUAAAAAUAAGACAGAAACCGGUUUUCAAAAAAAUGAAAUGUGACCUUGGAGAAUGCCACAAGCUGCACAACACAAAGAAUACUUAGCAUGUUUACAGUCUUCCCACAGUUUAAAUGCACAUUU